AUGGACGUGGUGAAAUCUAUCAAUCGGCUUCGUGCUUCAUUUAUCACGAACUCAGAUGACGAAGACCAAGCAAGAAGGGUUAUUCAACCAUUUACGAACAAUGUGGAAACCGCAUUGCCAGCGAGCAUAGAAGAUAUUUAUCGCACUCAUAGCGGGGAGAACUUACUUACUGUUCUAGAAUCACCCCCCAUUUCUAGAGAUUACAUGGAUCGGAUCACUUCCCUUCAAAAAACUAGGUUUGACAGAACAUCUGCAGUAACAGGCAGUACAAAAACAAAGGCGCUGACUAGAGAUUCGAGUCGUGACCUUGAUCUUUCCAUUAAGAAUUCUGAUAAAGAAACCACGGUUUCAGCCACUACAUCGCGAGCUGAACCUGCAAACACCCUUAAGCCAACAACAUCAAGGGGAACUUCUGUGGGCAAUAACUCGCUAAAAAAAAGCGGCCCAGCUCUCCCCAAAAGCGCUACUCCAAAAGCUGAAUUCGGUGACUCCCGGGGGAGCGAAACAAAAGUCAAAAGGAAAAAGCUGUUGUCAAAAAUCUUCAAGGGACACGGUCACGACAACGGCAGCAGAUCAUCGGCGAUACAAGAGACUAAGCCCACUGAUCGCAACAAAAAUAAGGCAGGAACCAGCUUUUAUGACUCAGCUUUUUACUACGAUGAAAUUUUAGAGGAGGAUGAUGAUGAUGACGAUGAUGAUGAUGAUGAUGAUGCGGAGCGGAAUGAUGAGUUUUUCCUCAGCGGACUAUCUACUAGUCCAGAAAAUGGAUCAGGAAAGCCUAACAAAACUUCAAAGCUUGCGAAUUUCCCUCGCUAUGCCCAAAACGUUCUCUCGGCGCCUGAUAUAAAGAGUAAUGCGAUACACACACAUAACGAAGGGAAAAGUUCCAGCUCUCUUCACAAUAGAGACGAAAUUCGGAGUACUCCAAGCAGAGCAGAAGCUUCAGACUUAGACUCAUACAUGAAUGAGGAUGAUCUGAAGGGGCUUGAUCUUGAAAGUGAUAAAUUGAGCGAUCUACAGACUGAUGAACCAACGAAUAGAGCUCAAUCUUCCGCUCGCAGUGGAGAGAGUGGUACUGCUACUUCAACAUCUGAUGAGAGCAACUACGACUUCUCAGACAAGUCAUCUUAUGGAAGGUCUUUACUUGGUUCGGACCUUCAGAAAAUCGAAAAUACAGGCUAUGCACGGGAAGAUGAUGCAGGUAGUUCCGCUGUUGAUGAUUCCAUAUUAGCUGAUGACCUUAUGCAUUUAGAUUCAAUGCCAGGUCAUUCUGUUCCGCAAUCGCAAACGUUUAAGCUUCUCUCUGUCGGUCAGCCUUCGACAUUUAUGAAUGAUAGGCCUCGAAUACGGCCGGAUGAUGAGAGAUUAAGAGGCGACGGAAAUAAUUUUCCAAACCGCAAUACAACAACAGGCAGUGCGAGUAGCAAGCGCAACGUUAUAGCCCACAGCUUAACCGGUAGUAUCACUAAAGCGAAGCCUUCGCCUCAAGGCUCUUCCAAUGAGACCUGCCAAGGCAGCCAGGUCAGGGUGACAAGUAGACAUAGAAGGACAGCAAGCGAACCUAAAAUUGCAGGGCGCAUGCCUCGCUCAUCCGCCGAGCCCUUAGUGUUCAACAAAGUUGAGCUAAAUAAACCGGGCGAAGGCUGUUCUUCCCAGCUAACGAAUAUGUUGAACAAAAAAAAGAGCCAAGCCUCAAACCCCCUAUCAUAUUUUGGUUUUGUUUCUGGGGACAAGGUUACAACUUCUGAAUCGACGACUCUACACGCAUACAUCCAAGAUUCAAGAGAAUUCAAAAAAAAACCGUUUAUUUUAAAUGUCAGAAAAUCUGCGUCCGUCUUUGAAGUGAUCGGGUUUCUCUUGUACCAGUAUCAGACUAAAAAAAAACCUGAGGCCGACGUCGACAGCUCUAACUCAGGGGAGUUAGAGAAUCCUAAUGAUUAUGUUUUGAAGAUUGUCGACGAAGACGGCGAGCCUUUCGAAGACAAUUUUGGUACAAUAGAUCGCAAGAAAAAAAUAGGCGCGCUCUUUGACAAUGAGGUUGUGCUAUGCAGAGCCAAAAAUGAGGAGGAAAAGGAAAGAAAUGAGCUCGACACACCUCUUCCAUAUUGUCAAGAAACCGAUUGUACUGGGGAAGAGGGCCUGGUAAGUAAAUCUGUGACGGAACCUGGAAUAAAGCAGUUAAGCUACUACAAACCGAUUUUGAAUGUCACAGAAAAUCCUGCCGAUACCGAAGAAGACGUGUUAGCCGACGUAAAAAUAUUUUUGUAUCCCAACGUCAAUCCGGAGUUUAAUUACACGAAGAUCAAGGCUCCUCUGUCAACGUCUCUCAAUGAUGUUCUUUUACGGUAUUGCAAGAUGAAAUCAAUGAAUCCAUUGGAUUAUGCUUUAAAAAUAAGUGGCAAGCGGCUCAUCGCGGACCUGGAAAGCAGUGUUGGAGAGUUAGAUGGCAAUUAUAAGCUUGAACUCAUUACUAAGAAGGAAAUUAAGGCACUUGGACUUAAAAGCAUGAAAAAAUCCACGCUCGGGAAACCCACUCUUCCAACAAUUCAAAGCGCUGACCUGACCCCAGUCACAUUGGACAACAGGGAGCGCUAUCUAGCAGCGGUAAGCUCUAUUAAUCCGCAAAUUACUGAUACUAAUGACGGAGAUAGCAAAAAGUCAGGAUUGAUACCAGUCAAGAAAGCUGCACAUUCUAGGCACAAGCGAAACAAAAUCUUACAAAAUGGUGAAUCAAACGCAGGACCGGCUGGGUUUUUUAAACUCAAAAAUUCAUCAAAAUCGUCUCUCCGCAACAGUAAUCAAGCAUAUCAGCCCUCUUUCUCUGAUAACUCUGGAUUGAACUUAGAUACCAGUUAUAAAGACAUCUUUGCCGGCGCUUAUUACAAAUACAGAGUUUGGAGAAGACAACAGAUGUCUUUCAUUAACAAACACGAAAGGACAUUGGCUAUAGACGGUGACUAUAUCUACCUUAUUCCUCCAGAAGAUGGCUAUAACUGGCAUCAUGAAAGUACCAAAACGAAAUGCUUUCACAUGAGUCAAGUGGUGUUUAUUGAAAGGUCGAAACGCAUUCCGGAAUAUUUCAAGAUGUUUGUAAACAGACCCUCUGGGUUGAAGAGAUACUACUUCGAAGCAGUGAAUGCGGCUGAGUGUACAGAAUUAGUGACCCGCAUCCAAAAACUAGUUUCUGCCUACAAAAUGAAUCAUAAGUAA